CGGGCGCGGGUUGCGGAGGGCCGGUUUGAGGCGGGCACUGCGCGGCGCGGCGCCGGCAUGAGGGAGCUGCCGCCGGGCCCGGGGAUGGAGAGCGACAUCUUGGACGCGCUGGAGGCCUUGGGGUACACGGGUGCCCUGUUGGAGGAGGAAGCCCUGAAUAAAGCAGCAGAAAAUGGAUUGUCUUCACCAGAAUUUUUUGAGCUUUGCGUUUGGUUAGGUUCCCAGAUAAAGUCACUUUGUAAUAUGGAAGAAAGCAUCACUGCAACAGAUGGUGUGAAAGAUAUAGAGAGCUUCCAGCUUGAAAUUAGUGGCUUUCUGAGAGAAAUGGCUUGUCCGUAUUCAUCAUUGAUAUCUGGAGACAUCAAAGAUAGAUUAAGAGAGAAAGAAGAUUGUCUUAAACUCCUAUUAUUUCUAAGUACAGAACUUCAGGCUUUAAAGAUACUGCACAGCAAGAAAAGUAAGGGCUCUCAUUUGGAAAAGCACAAUGAAAUUAUUCAGGAAGUGCAAGCUAUUUGCGAUGCACUGGGUCUGCCAAACUCCCCAUCUUCUGGUAUUCCUCCCUUGUUAACCAGCGUGGAACAAAAGAUAAAGGACAUUCUCUCAAAAGUUAAAAAUAACCAUGUGGGGAAAUCACUGCUAACAAAACCUCUGAACUCUGACCAAGUGGAAAGAUUGGAAAAAAUCAAUGAUGCUCUUUGCAGUGAGUACGAGUGUCGACGGCGGAUGUUAAUGAAGAGGCUCGAUGUGACUGUACAGUCUUUUGGCUGGUCUGACAGAGCAAAGGUAAAAACAGAUGAAAUAGCACGGAUCUAUCAGCCCAAGCGCUAUGCGUUGUCUCCGAAGUCCACCAUUACAUUAGCUCACCUUCUUGCUGCUCGCGAGGAUUUGUCCAAGAUCAUACGAACAAGUAGUGGAUCAACACGGGAGAAAACCGCCUGUGCUAUCAACAAGGUUCUGAUGGGGAGAGUCCCUGACCGUGGAGGCAGACCAACAGAGAUUGAACCACCUCCUCCCGAAAUGCCUCCAUGGCAAAAACGACAGGAAGGUGGUGGAAGAGGUGGCUGGGGAGGUGGUGGUGGUGGUGGAAGGGGUAACUGGGGGGGUGGAGGGGGUAGAGGAGGAGGAGGUGGAGGUUUCAGAGGUGGUGGAAGAGGUGGGGGUGGCUUCCAGGGUGGGGGUGGCUUCCAGGGUGGCGGUGGUUUCCAGGGUGGGGGUGGCUUCCAAGGUGGCAGGGGAGGAGGUUAUGGUGGCAGGGGGGGCUAUAGUGAUCCAUAUGGUGGAAGAGGAGGAGGAGGAUACCGAAGAUACUAAAGUACUGUAAAUCUUGACAGAGUAACUGGCAAGAUACAGUGGUGGUAUUUACUGGUAUUAGGAAUUUAGGUAUGUUGACUUGGGUUUAGGCUAGAAUUAAGUAUGACCAUAUGAAUCAUUUCAUUAGACCAACUGAUGUUCUCACUGAGUUCUUUUAGUUAACUGAACAGAACUUUUAUACUAAAAUCUGAUGACUAAAGUCCUUGGUUUUCGUACUGCUUAUAUGGUGUUUUUUAUUGUCAUGUUAUUUAAAGUAAGUCUCAGAAAACGGAAUAAAACCCUUUCUAAACAAACAAAAAUAUAUUAAUGGUCAGACCUCUCUAAUUACUGCAUGUUGCAUAUCUACUCUCCUGCUCCAAAAUGUUGUGUAGAAAAAACAAAGUAGGCCUAAGAACUAGAUGAAACCACUUUUAAAAGACUCAAGAAUGCUGCUUUUAGGCUUGUUCUUCUUUCAUAGUUUUCAUGUGGGACAUACAAAUGAAUUUUAAUUUCAAAUGUUAAAAUCCUUAAGGCUUUGGUCAAAAUUAUUCAGUUAGAUUCGGUUAUUCUUGCAGAACUUCACAUUAAAGUAACACUGUGAAUUAAUACUUUACACAGGUUAAUCAAAUCAGGUUGUUUUUUGUGUUCAUAAUGUAUCAGACACUCAUUAAAGGUCGGAGCGUGUACUGUAAACUCAUAAUCGUAGUGAGUUUUGAUAGUGUUUUAUUUUCAUUUUACUUGUUUUCCGUUAUUGGUGUUUCAAAAAAAAAAUUUAAGAUCAGAUUGGGCAGAAAACCUGCAGCUGUCAUGUCUGAUAAGAAUUCAUGUGUAUAACCUUGUGUAUCAGCUUUGAGACACAAAGUUUGAAUAAGCUGAGCUUCGUAAAAAAGAACAUGACAUUUCUUCUUGCCUUUUCUUCUUCCCUCUUUUUUUUUUAAAUUUUCCUCUUCUCCCCUGCCUGCUCUGUGUUUGGGAAUCACCAACUGCCUAGUUAAUAAGUUAGUAAGACACCUCAUACAGCAGCUGCCUUUUCUCAGUGAUUUCUUUCUCUCUUACUCUGCCAACCUAAAAGAAGCCCUGUCUUGACAUGGUAUAGGUGCCUUCUCCCUUACAUACACUGUUACUCUAGAAGAAGGAGUGGCUACAGUACUAGAGACAGAAGUCAGCUGUCAUACCAUCAUGGCUGUGUAAAUAUAUGUAGUCAGGAAUUAAAUUUAGAGCUGUCACUUAAAGAAGUGAGUUUGUGCUGCCCAGUAUCUCUCAGAUCUCCCAUGUUGUAAGGCCGCUCCUGAGAACAGAGGUGGAACAGGGGAUGAUGCCUGAAUGUACUCAUGACAGCAUUUAUCAGGGUCAGGUUACUGCAGAGAUUCAGGAAGGCAUCUGAUUAACCUGGUGUGUCUGAUGAUUAAAUAGCACAGCAGACUUGAAGCACUCGUAACUGUAGGCUCAACUGCGGGUUGCACUUUAGGAUUUGAUUUCGGAUUUAUGUUCCUCAGUUAGAAGUUCUUUCUGCACAAAUUUCCUAUCGGUGUUCAUUGGUGUUUUGUUACUUCCAUAAACAUACGUAUCACGUCCUGUUUCACUGGCAACUUUGUGCAUGAAUAUAAAGCUCUGCUCCAAAUCAAAUUAUUAUCUUUCAAAAGUUUUUCUCCUGUUAUUUCCUCUCUCAUCAGUUUGCUUGAGAAUGCUGCUUCUGAUGCGAUAGAUAUGGCUUUACCCAGGCUUUAGGGUCCCAGCAGGUGCCUGACAAAAAGAGGCAGAAGUUUUCCUUGUUAGAAUUUGUUAGCCGGGAUGUGAACUUUUGCAAUAAUGGCUUAAUGUCACCCAACUGCUAACACUAUAGUUCCUUUGCCAAUUUUUUUUCUAUGCUUCUUACUGGCUUAAGCCCUUGGCAGCCUCUGCAAUCUUUAUGGAGAGACCCUCAUGGGUCACGUGGGAGCACAGUACUGGUUGUCUUGAUUCUGAGCUUGGUUUUUGCCUAAGGGUCUGGGAUUGCUCACAAACUGAUGACAUACCAAAUGAGACUGCUGGCCUUGAGUGAAGUGUUGGUCAGCAAAGGAACAGAGAAUAGUUUUUUAACAACCAAAGCCUUAAGAUUAAAUUCUGUUUGCUCAUCCAAAUGUUAUUUUUUGCUACAAGUAAACCAGCAGUCAAGCAUGUGACUUCAUCAAGGAAAUACACUCUGAAAAACAAACUACUUACCUACACUUAAAGGUUUCAUUAGUCUUAGGAUGCAAGGUUGCACGGGUUUAAUUUGGUUUUAACUGCAGAUGUGGAUGUGCCUUGAUGUUUUUACACUCAUCAGUCCAUCCUGUUUGUAGUAGGCAGGACAGUUCUGAAUGAAGUAAAUCAUCAAGUGAAGCAGGUACAUGCCCACUUGAAUUGUAACAGUUAAAUUAUUUCAGUAUCAUAUUUCAAUUAUAUGUAUGUAGACCAUGUAAAAUAUGGAAAUAUAAAUAGGCUGGAGAUUUUUAAUCUGGCCACUUCAGGUUUUUUAAAGUAAUUUCAAAAUGUGAAGCCAGUAGUUGAAAACUAAAGCACCACCAUAUUCCAUGGAGGUAUCCUCUGCUGUCCUCUUGUCAGAAUGUAUGCUUUUAAUUUCUCAAACAAUGCAAUAACAUCGUGAGAGUAAUUGAUUUAAACCUCAAGUUUUGUCUUGAAAAAAAAAAUAUUUUCAAAAAUUCUGUUGUAAGUAAAAGAUUUUCAUAUAUAUGUUUGUGAACAUUUUUGUGUUUAUUCACACUUAGUGAAUACCUAAAUUAAUAUUGUUUUGUUUGUUGAAGAACUGAAAAAAAGGUUGUGGAUUUUUUUCAGGUAUUGAGAGAGAUACUUUUGUUAACAGCUGUAAACACUGAGGAAUAAAGUACUGUAUUUGAAAUUA